CUGUUUGCUAGAGAUGCUAAAUGUAUGCUCUCGCUAACAGAAUUUCCUCCCCAACAGAUUGGAUUUUUGAAAUAUGACGUUGCUGAAGAGGUAUGUGUUGAGAUUGUUCAUAUCAUUGAAGUACAUCACUGCAAAUGUGGUAGACAGAAACAACGGAUGUAUAGUAGCAACAUCAUCUACUGUUGAACAUUCAGUGAAACAGUCACUUGAGUGCGGUAGAACUUGCAAUGCAAAGGCUGCAGCGAUUGUAGGAGAAGUGUUGGCAAUGCGUCUCAAAGUGGAGGGUCUUGAUCAGGGGCAAGGAAACGGGAUCCAUGUCAAUGUAAAUAAAGAGGUUGAGAAGAAAGGUUUCAAAAAUCGUAUAAAAGUUUGGGCUAUAGUUAACGGCCUUAAGAGCAAUGGAGUGAAACUUAUUUUGGAUGACAAUGAAAAUGACAGUUGUUGCCCUAACUUCCACUAGAACAGUGCGCUGAUCCUCUUAUCGCACGCCUACAAGCUUCGAGUUCAUUGUGUUUAAGCCCUUGGAACUCCAAUUGUGGGUGACUACAAGUAUGGUUGGUUUGUCCAUCGCAAAUAGAACAUACCAAGAGUAGAUGUGUGUCUUAUCUAAGGUCCCUUUAUUACAUCUGCAUUGUAGGGAGCUUGUUCUCCCAAAUAUACCCAAUUUUAUUGAGCUUCACAGUCGAAAAGCGAAAAAACACUAGGAUCAUAGCUCAAACUCAGAUGUCCUCCAGUUUGUAGCACCAAUGCCAUCUGCCAUGGAAAUUAGUUGGAGGCUUAUGUACUCUUAUUAGAUAUGACAAUAGCAAGAGUCUGUUCAAUUGU